CAGUUAUUCCUUCGGAGGCUCCACCUAUUGCCACGUGCUUCUGACCGCGCGUUUAAUAACGUAAAACCCAUCAAAGUCAAGGAUUGAUUUUUCUUCUCAAUGUGAUAACAAUGGAUCUCCCAUUUCUGUGCAGAAUCAAAUGCUUUUGUCCCAGUAUUCCACAUCCUGAAGGAGUAGGAUAAGAGAGAGAUAUCAAAUCUCUCUCUACGAAUUUCAGGCUAUACCCACUUGUGUAAUCCCUCAAAACAGGUAGUUUCUGAAAAACUAGAUUCAAUCUACCGCUUCAUAUUAGAUUAGUUUGGUUGAUGGGUUUUUGCUUCAUAACCCAGAAAAGAUCUGAUAUUUAAGCAUAUCCUAGCUGACUAAAUCCUAUAAACUAGUUGUAGUUCAAAGUUUCGAUCUCUCCAUCUCCCUCUUUGUCUGUGGAUGGGUGAAGAGGGAAUGGUAAGUGAUGAAAAGAGCACUACUGUGAAAACAAAUCCAAAACUAACAUUACUGCCUCUUAUAGCUCUAAUUUUCUAUGAGGUUUCUGGGGGUCCUUUUGGAGUGGAGGAUUCAGUCAGGGCUGGAGGAGGCCCUCUUUUGUCUUUGCUUGGUUUCUUGAUUUUCCCUUUAGUUUGGAGCAUUCCUGAAGCUUUAGUGACAGCGGAGCUUGCCACAAGCUUCCCUGAAAAUGGUGGAUAUGUUAUUUGGAUAUCAACAGCUUUUGGCCCUUUCUGGGGAUUUCAGGAAGGGUUCUGGAAAUGGUUUAGUGGGGUUAUGGACAAUGCCCUUUACCCUGUCUUGUUCCUCGAUUACUUGAAGCAUUCGUUUCCAAUCUUUAACAAUUUGGCUGCACGAAUACCAUCUCUAUUAGGAAUUACAGUUUCAUUGACUUAUUUGAAUUAUCGUGGCCUGCAUAUUGUUGGGUUUUCCGCAGUUACCCUUGCAGCUUUCUCACUUUUCCCAUUUCUGGUGAUGGCUAUCCUUUCAAUUCCCCGAAUAAGGCCUAAGCAGUGGCUAGUUGUAGAUUUUAAGAAGGUGGAUUGGAGGGGGUACUUCAAUAGCAUGUUUUGGAAUUUGAAUUAUUGGGAUAAGGCAAGUACUCUUGCUGGUGAGGUUGAAAAUCCGAGCAAGACAUUUCCAAAGGCGCUUUUUGGGGCUGUGGUUUUGGUGGUUUCAUCAUAUUUGAUUCCACUACUUGCAGGAACAGGUGCUACAAAGUCUGCACCUAGUGAGUGGAGUGAUGGCUAUUUUGCAGAAGUUGGGAUGUUGAUAGGUGGCUAUUGGCUCAAGUGGUGGAUUCAAGCAGCUGCUGCAAUGUCUAACAUGGGGCUGUUUGAAGCAGAAAUGAGUGCUGAUGCCUUUCAACUUCUUGGGAUGAGUGAGAUGGGAUUGCUUCCAGCUAUAUUUGCUUCAAGAUCGAGGUAUGGGACACCAACCAUUAGCAUUUUGUGCUCUGCCACUGGAGUUAUCUUCUUGUCAUGGAUGAGUUUUCAGGAAAUCUUGGAAUUUCUUAAUUUCUUAUAUGCUAUAGGAAUGCUUCUUGAGUUUGCUGCUUUUAUAAAAUUGAGAAUAAAGAUGCCAGAUCUUCAUAGACCUUAUAGAGUUCCAUUGCAAACAUUUGGGGUGAUGAUGCUUUGCUUGCCUCCUUCAUUGAUGCUUGUUCUUGUUAUGUGCUUGGCUUCUGUGAAGACAUUCAUAGUUAGUGGUGCAGUAAUAGUCACUGGGUUUUUACUGUAUCCUACUUUAGUUCAUGCCAAGGAUAGGAAAUGGGCACGAUUUGAUGCAGAACAACCUCCUUUGUCUCCCAAUAACACACCUGUGGAAGGCCAUUCAGGUGUGUCACAGCUGCAUCAAGAAGUUCAGGAUGAGGCUAUUGGUCUUCUUUCGAGCUCGUCAUCUACAAGACAAGAAUCCUCUGAAAUGUUGUUGGAAGAAGACUUGAAGUCGGAGUAAGGGGAGACCACCUUGGUAUACUUCUUUACUAUAGGGAUAGGUAUCCAGGCUGCCAUAUUUUAUUAACUAUUCAUUCUUAUAAUUAUUAUUGGAGAUGGGAUUUGACCAUUCACAUUGACAACACUAGAUUAAUUCUUCAAUUGCUUAUUGAUAUCUUCCAUAUUUAAGAGCUCAUGUUAUUAUUUGACCA